AUGUUCCGCUUCAUUAAUGGUCGUCAUGAGUCGUACUCUGACGAAGAUAUCGAGUUGGUCCACGAAAUUGUCACCCUCGCAGAGUCUCUUUAUCCGACCCUUCCAGAGAGAGACCGUCUCCCGACCAACGCCUUGUUCAUUGCGGCGGAAGACAUCCUCCCUCGCUAUGGCCUCGACCCCGAAAACACACCAUCCCACAUCGCCCGGCUCAUCUUUAAGAUUGGAGGGCAGCGAUCUGGGAACACUCUUGGUGACAAAUUCCGUUCUGUCUUAGGAGGACUGGGAAUCCAACUCGAAUUCAUCCCGAGCAGCCCAUCCGCGCGGCCCGGGUCCGGCGCUUCGACCGCGCCCAGCUACACCCGAUCAACCGGGGGCCUUUCAGACCCUAGUGAGACGCUCGAGAUUGCGCUAGGGAUUGGCGGGAAUCAACAGUAUGAUGUACGACAUUUUGGAGAUUUCGACGAUACCGGGCCCGAAGCCCCAUCCGCUGAACAACGAGUUUCCCCACAAAUUCUACCCGACCUCGCGACCGAAUUUGGACUUGAAUCUGGACCUGAGCUUGGAUCUAGCUUUGAGGGUGGAGAUCAUGACGAACCCAUUCAUGCCGACCCGAGAUCCUUUGCUGUGGAGGAUGUGGAUCUGGACCUACUUGAAGAAAAACUUCAGUACCUGAGAGAACAAGAGGAACUGCGACUUACCGAGAAUCUCCUCGCCAAUUGGCACGAAAAUGCGUGUCAUGCGAAACACGUCAAUGACCAAUUGCUGGCCAUCGCCGUGGAGUACGACAAUGAGGACCUCAUGGGUGAAGUACUCGAUAUCUGGGAGGAAGAAGCUGCCGCGGCCGCGGAGUUGAGACUCAAGGCCGAGGAUGCGGCCAGACACGAGGCAUACGUGGCCAAGAUGGAGAAACGCGCCUCAAGAGUACACGAGAUUUUCACUAUUUGCACCGUUCUUGCGCAGUGGCAAGAACAGGCCCAUGAGGAGAUUGAGAGGACAGCCGUGGCUCGUAGGCAUCUUGUGCGAAAGCGGGCCUUUGAGGGAUGGCACGCGCAGCUUGUCGAAGACGAGACGAAAGUCAAAAGUUUCAUCCUGGGCAAUGCGCUCCAGAAAUGGAGUCAAGUCGCCCUGCAUCACGAGGUGCGUUAUGGAGUCGCCGCGCAAUGGCAUCAGCAACAGCUCUGCAAUCAAGUCAUCGAUACCAUGAGGGAAGAGUGCAAGGAACGCACAGCCGACGAAUUUUACGCCGUUGGCCUCGUCAACCAAAGCCUGGACACCUGGGCCGGCAAGGCGCGCGAUCUCCAAGACGAGUAUCAGGUGGCUGUCGCUCUGGAUGAACGGCUCGUGCUCGACGAGGUAGUUAAUAUCUGGCUUGAAGAGGUCGAUGCUCAGCAGUACCACGCCUAUGAAAGCACCCGGCAGUGGCUUGUCCAGGGUUGUCGGAAAGAUCUCGAGUACUGGCAGGAGCAGGCGAGACUCUUGGCCCUACUGAGGCAGCACAAUGCCAGGCAAGACCAUGAUGCAAAGUGUCAGGCCCUAGAGAUAUGGGGUCGGGCUCUCCAGGAUGCAAAGAGCGAGGCGGCGCUCGCCGACGCCUUCCUCACGCAGGAACCUAUCGACCACUGGGAGCGUCAGAUGAAGCUUAAGCUGUGGAUCGAUCGGGAUGAAUAUGAAACCAAACUGGAUGUUCUUGAACACUGGGCCCUGGAGGAAAAGCUGGCUUGGUACAAGGGCCAUUUGGAAAAACAAACAAAACGACAAACUCUCAACACUCUAUUUACUGCCGCCCGGCAAGCCCGCGGUGAGCGUGAACGACACGAAGAGGAGGCCGACUAUGUCGACACCUACCAUACACAAAACGACGUCUUGGACGCCUGGGCGGACGGGGUCGAUCAGAUGUGGAAGCAUCAGCAAAACGCCCAUCUUGUGAAUCUCUACCGCUCCACAAAACCGUGCCUCGACCAUUGGCGGGAGCAAAGUCAGCAGAGUCAGGCCCGGGCCACAUUUUCUCGGAGAAAGGCAGACAAGCAUAGAGCUAGAUCUAUCGUAUCUGGCGUCUUGGAGGAGUGGCCAGGUAUUGCAGAGGGUGCACGGAGGGAGCGACUGAUGACUUCACUUCGCCAAUUUCGGCGGAAAUACAAGGUGGAGCUGGCAGAGGAGUGUCUGGGCAAGUGGCUGGAUGCUGCCGCUGAUGCACUUGAUGCCCAACACGACGCCCGCCAAACUAAUCUCCAUUACAAGCGAGAGGAUCUCGACGACUGUCUCGAGCUGUGGAACCGCGCAGCCAAGCAAGCGGAGGGCAUCCGGCAGGUUGCUGCAGACGCCGAAGCAGAAAUGUAUUGCAGCAAGUGGCAAGCACAACUCCACGAAGUGCAGGAAAAUAUGCAAGACGCCGUGGAAUACGAUGCUGAGCAAAACCGCAAGCGAUGCUGGGAGAAGUGGGAAUUUCAGACAUUGCAAAACGGGGGCAAACGUCACCUGGCUCAGACGCUCCAAGAGAAGAAUGAGCGCCGCGUCCGCCGCAAAGUGCUAGACGAAUGGCAAAUAAAAGCUGUCCCUGAAGCCACAACACGGGACAACAAUUCACGCUUCAACACCCUCUCCGCCAGACGCAGUGUCCGACAACAACUCUCCCGAUCCUCCACAGGCGGGCUCGGCGGACCAAGUUUCUACACGGCUAGCCAACUUGCGACCGUUCCCACUCCACGACGCGAACCGGGCUCUGCUACCCCAGCACCCCUUGGGCCGAUGCUCGAGUUCGACGAAGAUCAAGACCCGUUAAUACCGGACCCUCAGGAUCCAGGGUUUAUGAGGAUGUCGACAUCAACGCCCUCGGCCAUCUUGCCAUCUCCAUAUGAGCGGGAGUUGAGACGGCGGAUUUAUGGAGGGGGUGCAAUGAGUGGAUUGCGGCCGAGAGGGCCGGUGGUGGAGUUUGCGGACAUAAAUGAAGAAUCGGCGGAGGAUUUGUAUGAGUGA